GUUCAAUAAACAUGGCAGACACGACGAUUAUGUCUCGUUUCCCUCCUGGCACUGCGCCAGUCAAAGAGGAGUACUUAAUCUCAUUCGCGCGACGUGCCACACCAGACGACGAUGCUGCCGAAGGCUCUACUAACCCGGUAUCCUCGACACCCACCAAUUUGCCUUCCGGCGAAGCAGAAGCGGAAGGCGGAGGCAGGAAACUCAGCAGACGCGAGAAGAAAAAGAAGGAACGGGGACAGAAUAAGGGGAGGCGCUUCCAAAAAGUUAGGGAGGAUGUCGAUUUGUGCUGGAGAAUUGCGAGAGGGACCGUAUGCGAGUUCGGAGACAGCUGCCGUCAGUCGCACGAUGUGCCAGCCUACCUCUCCUCCAAGCCACAGGAUCUGUCCAUUCCUCCCGUAUCGUCUUUCAUGACAUCACCACCCUUCGUCCACCCCUCUCCUCCAGCAAGCGAUCCCCGGCAGCCAUCGCUCGACCUGAAUACUGUCUGCCCGGUCUAUGCGGCCCUAGGCGAGUGCAGGUACGGCUUGAAAUGCCGCUUCUUAGGCGCGCACGUCAAGGUGGCGGAUAAAGGGGAGGGUACCACGGACUUGGAGUUAGUCGUAGACGAAGAAAAGAAGGCAAGGGCGGUCAGUACGCAGGAGGAGAUGAAUAAGGUCGAUGCAGAGGUGCUGAAAAAGGUCCGGACUAGGAAGUACCCGACUCCGAUGGCGGACGCGUACUCCAGAGAACUGCAAGCCCAAGCCGAGCAACGUCAACAGGAAUCACAACCCAAAAGCAAGCCCACCUUCACCGAAGAGGGCGAUGCCCUCGUCGUCGGAGAGCCAGAACAAGAAGAACAAGCUCCUAUGGACGUGGAAGGGGACGCAAACGCAAAAAUCAACGGCAACUCGAACGGGCAUGCCUACGAUUCCUCACAAACCGAUACACCCGACGUGCCGAUUCGGUUCCAGGAGAAGAAGCGCCUGAGAUGGGAGGGGAAAAGCUACCUCGCGCCGCUGACUACGACGGGGAACUUACCCUUCCGGCGUCUAUGCGUGUCGCUCGGGGCGGAUAUUACGUGCGGCGAGAUGGGCCUUGCGCAGAGCUUUUUGCAGGGGAGUAAGGAGGAAUGGAGUCUCGUGCGAAGACAUCCCGAUGAAAAGAUAUUUGGCAUACAGCUUGCGGGGUCGAAACCUAAUCUGCUUGUCCCGACCGCAGAGAUCCUAGCAAAUGAGUUCGGGCGUGGCGGGACGGGCAGCGGCCUCGACUUCGUCGACCUCAAUUGCGGGUGUCCGAUUGAUCUAGUGUUCAAGCAAGGGAGCGGUUCUGCCCUCCUGGAUGCGCCUGGCCGAUUAGGGAAGAUCCUCAUUGGAAUGAACCGGGCGCUCGGCGAGGUCCCGCUGACGAUUAAGCUCCGUACGGGAGUAAAGGAGGGCAAGAACACGGUGCAUAAGCUUAUGGAACGCGCUUGUGGCUGGGGUGUCAGCGCCAUGACUUUACAUGGCCGGACCAGGCAGCAGCGGUACACCAAGCUAGCGGAUUGGGAUUACAUCAAGCAGUGCGUCGAACUCGUCCGGGCCAAAGAGAAGGACGAAGAUCUCCCGCCCAUCCCGAUAUUCGGCAAUGGCGACGUUUUCUCCGCGCAUGACUACUAUAGUCGGAUAGAGCAGUACGGCGUCGACGGCGUUAUGAUCGGACGUGGAGCCUUGAUCAAACCAUGGAUAUUCACCGAGAUAGCUGAGAGGAGGGAGUGGGACAUCAGUAGUCGAGAACGACUGGAGCUGAUCAGGAGGUACGCCGAAUACGGGUUAAGCCAUUUCGGGACGGAUACCGCUGGCUUGAACACAGCACGGCGGUACCUUUGCGAGGCACUGUCGUUCCAGUAUCGAUACGUGCCCAUUGGCCUCUUGGAGGUCUUACCGCCGAAGAUCAAUGACCGCCCUCCAGCUUUCCGGGGCCGGGAUGAAUUGGAGACUCUCUUAGCCAGUGGGGACAGUAGAGAUUGGGUUAAGAUCUCGGAGAUGUUCCUUGGUCCGGCACCAGAAACAUGGAGCUUUACACCCAAACAUAAAAGCAAUGCCUAUGGUAAUGAAGAAGCACAGGGAUAAAACAGACUAUCAGAUAGCAGUAAGCUCUGAAAAGUGAAACUGUACUAGUGACUACAGAAUGUUCCUUGCUUCCAUUGUAAAUGCUCCAGGUUAUGACAUGGACCUUGUACAAUUUAUAUACUACACAACUACCUCAUUCCCAC